AAUGAUAACAAAAGAUAUGUCUUCUCACAGGUCAAAUGGAUCAGAGUUCUGUAUACAGACUUCUCUAUAUUUUCCAAGGACCAGGAGCAUCUAAUAUGUUCAGAAAUGUCUUUUGAUUAUAUAGAGGGGUUUGUCAUAAUAAAUCGAACCGGAUUAUUGAACAAUUGGAGAUCCUCAUUCAACGCCAAAGAUCCUCUUCAAGCCAGCCAAUUCAAUUCAGAAGGAAGAAUUCUAUACUGCCUGGAAGUUGCCAAAUACUUUGAUCCAGGCAAAUCUGAUCUUGUUAAUCAGAUCAUUGACACCCUCUUAUCAGAACUGAAUUACAUUCAGUGCACACUCUUUCUAUCAGAAGUCUCUUAUGUAGAUUUCCUGGAUAGAGUGCACGUCUCUGAAAUAAAACUCCGGGAAAAAGGGUUAUGGGAGGUUCCUCACCCCUGGUUAAAUCUUCUUAUCCCUAGAAGCGGGAUUCACGAGUUUGCUCAAGAAGUCUUCGGAAAUAUUCUUGCAGAUACCAGCAACGGUCCUGUACUCAUUUACCCAGUUAACAAAUCGAGAUGGAGAAAUAGGACUUCUAUGGUUACACCGGACGAGGAUGUUUUCUACCUAGUGGCAUUUCUAUCUUCUGCAACCCCAUCGUCUACAGGAAAAGAUGGGUUAGAACAUAUUUUAACACGAAACAGAAGAAUUCUACGCUUUUGUGAAGCGUCCCGUCUUGGGGUGAAACAAUACUUGGCCCAUUAUAGCACUCAGAAAGAGUGGAAAGCUCACUUUGGCACUCAAUGGGAAGUCUUUUCUCAGCGAAAAUCUAGAUACGACCCUCUGGCAAUCCUAGCUCCAGGUCAAAAUAUUUUCCAGAAAGCAAAGGCCUUCAGACAAGAAGGACCUCAAAGAUAAAAAGCAUUUAGUAUAUCGAGACUCGAGGCACAUAAAUUUUUAAUAAGACCUCUUAAGAGUUAGUAAAUUUGGAAAUUUUGUACCUGUGGCUUAGUAAUGUAGCAACAUACAUGUUGUUGCUAGUUCGAGAAUUUCGCCAAAAUGUACAGAGAAAAGUGCACUUGCGACAUGAUGAUCGGAAUAUGAAGAAUAUCAUACCCAAGCAAGAGUUGAUGCUAAGUUACCCAUAAAAUGUCGUUCGUGGUUUCUCCUUUUGUGCACCAAGCGAGCAUUCCCGCUACCCUGUG